AUGUAUAAGCCUGUAAAGGCACUAAUACCUAUCCUACUACUUCUCUUCUCUUUUCUUGCCGCAACCGCCAAAAACUUCACUCAUGCCCUACCUCUCAAUAAUCGCGUGGCCUCUCAUGCCAACCCAUCUUCCCCUCAAUCAAUCAACACCAAAUUUAUUUUUGGAAUUAACAAACCCUCUUCUACCAUAACACAACGAUCCUCCCAAUGGAGAGAGGUCUCAAAUGUCUCCGAAGACUGCGCUUCUAUAGUCCUUGACAAUGGCUUCUUUAUCUUUCAUACGUCAUCCUACAUCUUCAACGACACCCAACUGCCUUUUGUUGGCACAAUCUUCUUGGAGAUUGGCGGUAGCGGCUUGAACUGCAGGAGCAAUAGUAAUAGUAAUAGUAAUAGUAGUAGUAGUAGUAGUAGUACUAAUACCUUUAAUGUUUCAACUUGUUUCUCGGAAAAUGACACCUUAUCACUCCCAGACUACCCAGAAACUAUUCUUCGCAUCUCAACACCUUUGAAUGUUACCUUCCAGCCUCUCUGCGCCUUGGACCAGACAACGGUUCUCAAAGCAAGUUCUAUAAUGUCUCUGUCUUUACAACAAUCUUCAUCUCAAUCGUCAUCGUCAUCGUCAUCGUCAUCGUCAUCGUCAUCGUCAUCGUCAUCCUCUUCUUCUUCUACUUCAACUUCAACUUCAACUUCAACUUCAACUUCAACUUCAACUUCAACUUCAACUUCAACUUCAACUUCAACUUCAACUUCUUCUAUUCCUACUUCUACUCCUACUUCUUCACCACCUCUCUUGAAAAGAUUCCCACAAUAUGACAGUUCCCAGUUUGACUUCUCCUUCCUCCAAAAUGCCCAGGAAGAUAGCCAACUAACAUCUCCAUCCUUCCUAAACAGCGUCAUUCCAACUUGUAUUAUUCUCGCAGCAACUACUACAAUCACUUACAUGCUGGUUCUCUCCAUUCUAUGUUCAGGCUCCGCUCCACAAUGGCCAAAACUUCAAAUCUCUGCCGUUGUUCUUUCCGCAAUUACUCUCACAGUAACCCUAGUCAUGGUUACCAAAUAUCUCAACCACCAGCAACAACAUGGAUACUAUUCAGGUCCAGACCUCUUCGACUACGUAGAUAACUCACUCCCAAUCUCUAUCCUUUUCCUAGUUUCAACCGUCGUUGCUCGAUUCGCUGGUGUCCAAGUCCUUCUUAAACUCUUUAGAAGACCCGUCGAGUCCCGUGUCAUUCUCGGCAUUGGAAUCGUCCUUAACAUCACCUACGCUGUCAUUUGGGCAAUGUUUAUAUACUUUACAAACACUAAAAACGACUACAUUGAUGACCUUGACGUCGCUACUUCUUCUUCUUCUUCAGUCCAGUCAGCUUCUUCUUCUACUUACUACUACAAUCUUACCGACUCUCAAGAAGCUGUCUCUGUCUUUGGUUAUCUCUUCAAAAUUUCAAUGUCCAUUCUCUACUGCUGCUGCGUCUGUGCAUAUUGCAUCAUCAUGAGAAAUAUUGCCUUCCGCAAAGACCUCCUUAUCAUUGCUCUCUUUUCCCUUGUUUCCAUCUUUCUCCCCAUCGUCCUCUUCUUUCUCGACAUUGCUGACAACAGUCUUUCCGUUGACGGCUCCUGGGCUGAUUUCGUCGAGCUCGUUGCCUUGAUUGGCUCCACCGUUGUACUUUAUGAAUGGCUUCGCAGAAUUGAAGCCUUGGAAAAACAGCAGCAAGCAAACUCUGUUCUCGGCAAACAACUUUACCUCGAAUCUGAUGUCUUUGAGGACCGCAAAAUCUUUAGAAAAUCCUUUGGCCAGCUCGACGGUGCUGAAUUUUGUCUAGGCUCAAAAGCUGCUGCCACAUCAACCAUCGCUAGUAGAGCCCAUCUCGUCCCUCCACACCCCCCAAGUUCUGCUUUUAUUUCUUCCACAAGCAAGUGCUCCACUGCUUCUAAUAAUAAUGAUAAUAAUAAUAACCGGAUAAAACACCAAAAGCGACGUAAACAUCCUGCUGCAACCACCACCACAACCUAUUCUCACGUCCGCUGGAAAGUCCCCGGCCCAGGAAUCUUGUCGCCUUUGUCUUUAGGUCAGUCAUCAUCACCACCAUCUUCUCCUUCUCAAUCUCCUUCUCAAUCCCAAACGCUCUCUCCACCAACUAGCAAAGAAUCCGGAUCUUCAUCCAGCAUUACAACCCUUGCAGAACGUCCAACCCUUCUCUCGAGCCCCCACAAUGCCCACCAAACUUUGACUUCAUCUCCUGCAUUGUCUUCUUCCUUCCAACAACCAACUGGGUCUCCCCCCACUACUACUGUCACUUGCCUUCCUCAAAAUUCUUCUUCCUCCUCCUCUUCUUCUUCUCCUUCCCCUCCUCAAGUCAAGGCUCCACAGGCCACCCGCGCAGCCCGUUGGCUCCCCUCAUGGCUCACCCCGGAUCCUUCUACGUCUUCUUCCACAGCACCCACUACGGCUGUUUACGACUCGUGGCGCCGCUGGACAGCUACUGCUGCACGCACUUUCCGACUCGGCAAUUCUUCUGAAAACUCAGAUGGCUGCAGAAGAAGAAACAGCAACAGCAGUAGUAGUCGUCCAGGUACCGCUGACUCUGCUCAAACAACUUAUUUGCCCUGCAGAUACUCAAACAUUAUAGACACUGACAAUAUUCUCACAACUCAACUUAACAACACUUUGAGAUCCAGAACCAGAUCAAGAUCAAGAUCGAGGUCAAGAUCUUCUUCGCCAUCACAGAAUUUUAUAUUCACUCCAAUGGACAGAUCUUCGCCUAGUAACCAUGUUGCCAUUGUCAUCAAUCAGACUCGCGGCAGUGGAUUCACUAGUACAAGUCCCCUUGACGGUGGCAACAACAUCCCUGACAGAUCCUCGCCUGGCAAUUCCAGUGGUACUCGCAGAAAAGUAAUUCCACUUGACUCUCAAGGUGAUCUUGUCAUUUUUAACUAUCCUCGAAAACAUGGCGCUUUCCGUAACAAGUAA